GAUAUACAAAUAUACAUAUGUACAUAUGCUGUGUGAUAUAUGCCCGACAGUUUGAAAGCGUUGUUCGAAGAGUACACUCGUCAAUUUGUUGCACCGACGAAAAGCGGACGCGGCGUUUUUAUGCGAUUUUGUUUCAUUCAAGUUGUGCAUUGACGAUAAAUAGUUGAAAUAUAAAAAUGUAUUUUGGACGAAGGAAUACAAAAAGCUUGGUCAUCGGCAGUGCUGUGCUAUUGGUGUUGUAUGUUUUGUGCGCGAAUCGGCCCAAGAAAUUCGAAAUUGAUACGAUGAUCUAUAAUGUUAAGCCGGUGGAGGUGUGGGAAUAUAUGUCAGAUUUUAACAAAAUACGCACGUUGAACCCAUCAGUUUUAGGCUUCAAAAUUAUCGGCGAUAGUGGACACGCUCAUGAUUGGCGUUAUACCGUUGAAUACUGGGAGCGUACAUCGCAUUGGCCGCAUUUUUUUAGUAAAGCGACAGCAGAUUAUAUUGUUAAGAAGACUAUGCCGGGAGACAAAGACCCAACAUAUACGAUUGAAUCAAGGCAUACAACAUGCUUCUUCAAAGGCAUCUAUUGUGUGAUCUCUACAAGCGAAUUUAAGUGUCGUGCUAAGGGCCGUGACACCUACUGCGAGGAAGACAUAGUAUAUCAGUGCCCGCCAUUCUUGGGCACCAUCUGCCGACGUGAGUUGGAAAAUCAGCGCAAAACAGUUAUGGAAAAUUUAACUGCGAUCUUCAGUAAUUCAGGAUAAUAUUCAUACGAACGCAUUUUGAUUCAUUUAUGUACUUCAUUUAUUUCAUUCACUUUAAUUAUUUCUUUUCUUUUUUUGGCUAAAUGU